GUCAGAUAGAAAGCGGGACCUGCCCUCCCGUCGCCAUUUUUCGGUCUCGUACUCGCACUUUUGGUGGCUCCGGUGAGGGGGGGGACGAGCUGAAAUAAGGGAAAGUAUUAAACGUGGAUUUUUCGAGCCGGUAACCCACGCGUGGCCGUGGACAAUGCACGAUAGAGCUUCGGUGUAACGGUCCAGCUCCUGAGAUGCACGCGCUGGAGACACGCCGCUGCUGUGAAAUAAUUUUUUGUGUGAAGACGUGUUGCGGGCCGCCAUUUUUUUCGCUGUGCUGCCUCAAAAGUCUGCUCAGACUCGAGAAAGGGGAUUCUUAAACGCAUUUCCAUGACGGGUGCCUUACGAAAAGAUCACCAAGAUACUAACUAAUCAUUUGACUUCCUACCCACGGCUCCUGGUGACCUAUUACAGGCAUGAGGAUUUAUCAGAUGUAAAACUGAGGCCACCUUUUCCGUUCUCAUAACUGACACUGACUGGUGGAGAUAAAUUAUUUGAAGAGAGAGCUUGGUGCUUUCUCGGAAGGCGGAACGAAAAGGGGAAGCUUCAUUGAUCAUUUGUUGCUUCGGCCUUCAUCGAUGUUCGUAAGUUUUCUCCUUUUUCCUCCUUUUACGAUCACCCUGCCGUUGACUGCUGAGCACAGGAACCACAUUAUGCUCCAAAGUUGGAUCAAGCCAGUCGCAGCCUCUCCCUGAAAACGUCAGGUUGUUUUCUUUCUGUCUUUUUUUUUUUUUUUUUUUUUUUUUUGGUUUAUGCUUCUUUAAACCUGCGAUCUCCGGAGCCUGCAGUGUUCGUGCAGAAAUCACUCGAAAACCUCACAGGGCGACGAAUGCCCUGCCCUACAUCUUCCAAUUUGCUGUGACUGGCCAAUCCCAACCACGCAUACACGUUUUAAUUUAUUGUCUAGACUGUGUUGUGAUUCUUUUUUUCAUAUUUGAGGACUGAUAUUAACUUAUUUUUGGAUCAGAAAUGUCAACUGCGCGGUUUGAUUCAUCUGAUCGGUCCGCCUGGUAUUUUGGACCUGUGUCACGACAAGAGGCACAGAAUAGAUUACAAGGACAGAGACAUGGGAUGUUUCUUGUUCGAGACUCGUCCACCUGCCCUGGUGACUAUGUGCUGUCAGUGUCUGAGAACUCCAAAGUGUCCCACUAUAUCAUCAACUCUUUGCCUAGCAAAAGGUUUAAGAUAGGCGACCAGGAAUUUGAACAUCUCCCUGCUCUCCUGGAGUUCUACAAAAUCCACUACUUGGAUACUACCACACUGAUAGAACCGGCUCCCAGGUACCCAAGCACAGUGACUGGACCCAUCCAGCCCAUGGGUGGCUCAGAGGAGAACCUGGAGUAUGUGCGGACUCUAUAUGACUUCACUGGAAGUGAUGCAGAGGAUCUUCCCUUCAAAAAGGGCGAGAUCCUCAUCAUUCUAGAGAAGCCGGAGGAGCAGUGGUGGAGUGCCAAGAGCAAAGAGGGCCGUAUUGGGAUGAUUCCUGUGCCCUAUGUGGAGAAAUUGGUACGACCUUCACCCCACCCUGGCCAGCCCUCCCAUGGAUCUCGCAAUUCAAACAGCUAUGGGAUCCCUGAGCCCUCCCAUGCCCUCGUCCAUGCCUAUGCCCAGCCUCAGACACCAUCGCCAUUGCCCCCUGGCACGCCUGGGGCGGUUAUCACCCCUCUACCAUCCAUGCAGAAUGGCCCAGUGAUGGCAAAGGCCAUCCAGAAACGAGUGCCCUGUGCCUAUGACAAAACAGCACUUGCUCUAGAGGUUGGUGACAUUGUUAAGGUUACAAGAAUGAACAUCAGCGGUCAGUGGGAGGGAGAAGUGAACGGACGAAGGGGUCUCUUCCCAUUCACCCAUGUCAAAAUCAUAGACCCCCAGAAUCCGGAUGAGAGUGACUGACCUUAGAGUUCACCUGGACCCUCCCGCCAGUAUCGACCUGUACCCGACUCUGCUGGCCGUCUCCACCUUUCCCGCCAGUGUCACCAUGGUUACGUGCUUGCCUGCUUGGGGCUGUACCAUGACAGCAACCCUUCUGUUGUUGCCAACCGUUGCAAGGCUUUCUGACUGUUUACAGCUUUGGGCAUUGGAUCCAAACUAAAACCUGGCCCCACUUUGUCCUGUCCCCUCUCCCAUGUCUUGGUAGUAGGCCGGGCAGUGUUUUUGCAUUAGUGUCCUAUUCAUUUCCAAAUCACUGGGCAUCCGUGUGAGAGUGUGUAUGUAUGUAUAAGUGCGUGUGUAUGUCAGUUCACAAUGGAUAUUUAGCACAUUGCAUCACAACUUGUCUAUUUUUAUUUGAUUUUUCAGAAUAUUUGUUACAUUUGAAGAUUUUUAGAAAGCAUUGAGUGUUUGUUUUGUUGAUGUGAGGACAUUUGUACGAAAUAGGGAAAAGCAAUAUCCCUAUGGACUUGGGAGAGCACUGAGGCAAUGAGGAGCUAACCAGCCAGUCAAAUGUUAUUUCUCCAAACAAUCAAGUCACUGUUGUACCUUAACCAUUUACGCAAGCACACAUGUAUACACAUGCUCAGUGGCCACAAGUUCAGUUUGACAGGUUCUAGAUGUGCAAGUGGUGUGUGACUGGGGUCAGGAGCAAGAAAAGAAGAGAUGGGUUUUUGUGAAGAGUGUGUGUGUUUUCAUUCGCCAUCAGAAAUCUCAUGGUCUCAUUGUCUCUGCGACCUGGUGCAAGUGGCUAAUGAGAAUUAAGUAUGUUAGUACAUGACAGCCAAUUAUGAUUAUGUUUUUGUUGUGCCACAUGAUCAACAGUACGUUUUUUUUUUUUUUUGACAUGGAGAAGAUCUAUGGUAAAUUUGGGUUUGGGUGUAAGUUUGCAUGUCCACUGGGUACCUCUCUUUACUUUAUUUUGAUCAGGAAAGGACAUUGCUUAGAGAUUAGCAGGUUUUAGUGCCAACAGCUCCUAGCACUAGCGGAUAAUAUUCAAAUUUGUUGAAUAGGAGUGCCAAGCUUUCGACAGAUUUCUAAAGUCAAAUAGCUGAGGCAGUAGCCCAGGCCAGCUCACCCCACAAGCAUCUAACCUUAAGGCUAGCUAAAAAUGCAGUGCUGCUGUGUGGGCAUCAAGACUGAGGGCUUUCCACUGAGGUGAGAAAUGUCACUUUAGGUGGCAUCAGUCAGGGAGGGAGAAAAAAAUUUCCGCAAGCCAAUGAGAUCUCAUCAAAAUACAACUUUUAGCGCAUGCAUUCCCCCUUCUCUAACCUCAUUUUCAGUGUGAUGUUACUCCUUAGGAUCUCAAUUAGCUUUAUUCCCUAAAUAUUUGGUCUGCAGAAUUUCUCUCUUUAUGCAAGCGGACUCUGUUGGAGGACAGGAAGGCCUCUUUGUUCAUACCGCUCCAUAAACCACUUCUUGAUCUGUCAGAGCUGAGGAUUAAACAAAUGUGCAAACUGUGCAGACUCCUUGAUUUCUGCUGUAAAACAAUAUCUAAGAAAUUAACUAUUUCACCCACAAGUUUCUCCUCCUAGGGCUUUCUGUUCAGAUCAUAGUUCAGCCUUUCACUCAGUGAUAUUGUGCAGCUUUUAGUUGUAUCACGAUUUUGUUUUUAGUUUGACAGUGGGUAGUCAGCUGUUAAAUCGAGCAUUUCUGUUAAAAUGAGUGAUGAUAUUAAACAAAAAGUACCUAAAGUGACAUUUACAAAAGGGAAAAUGCCUGCUGGUUGCCUCUGUGCAUGACCUCUUGGCUGGGGAGAUGGUUCCUCUUGGCCAAAUGCUGCUUAAUGUCAUUUUAUUCCUUAUUAAAUAUUUCUUUUCUCAUUUUAAUGCCUCCAGAUCUGUAAAAUCACAUCAGUAUGGAUUUUACUCAUUACAAUUAAUGACAUCUACUAAUUAAGCAAUACGCCCUGAUUAUGUUUCUUUCUUGAGAUGAACUUGCUUUCGUCAUGCUUCUGAGUUGUUUUGUAAUGGCAUUAACAGUAUUACUGUGCUCUCAUAUUCUAGGAAAGCCUGUCUUUUACUUAAGAAUUGAAAAUUGUGCCUUUUUAUUUUCUUAUACCAUUUACAUGUGUUAAUAUUUCCCAUGGUUAACACCUGUGCUGGUAUUGACCCUUUAUGUACAGAACAAGUAAAUAAAAUUUAUGUCUUCUA